AUGCCGAGCGUCCCAACAACAAAGGACGUCAUCCCCGGCGCAUCAGUCAACAUAAUCCUCAAAGCCGACCAGCGCACAGGCCGGACCGUCUCGGGCGCUAUAGCCGAUGUGCUCACCCGCGGAAACCAUCCGCGGGGUAUCAAGGUCCGGCUGACGGAUGGUCGUGUGGGGAGGGUGCAGUCUAUGAAACUGGGUACUGGAGGAGGGGAUGGUACCAGUGAUCUCCCUACACCUCAAGUGCAACCGGCUGAGGAUUGGGCGCCGCGAAGGGGGAAAGGUCGGGGGAGGGGUCGAGGACCUACUGAGGACUCCGAGGCGGGGCUUCCAUCGGGUGAUAUUGGCCUGGAUGCGUACAUCACGCAAGGCAGGAAGCCCCGGCAGAAUGGGAAGGGGAGGGGGAGGGGGAGAGGUGCGAAUCACGACGCGUCUCAGCAAUCGCAACUUGGGAAUGAAAGCCCGCCGCCGCCGGUGGAAGCGCCUGCAGUGACUUGUCCUGUUUGCGGGGACUUUGAAGGCGAUGAAAUGGCUGUUGCGUAUCAUGUGGGAAGCCAUUUUGCGGAGUGA